UGGGAGUUUAAUAAUUUAUUUUGUAUUGUGAAGUGACCUCUUUAGGACUAAAAGUGUAAGUUUGUUUUACCAACCUUGCUACUUAAAAGGAAAACCAAUACAUGUGUAUGUAUUGUCAGUAAAUCAUAUUUUAAUGUUUACUUCAGUGUUUACCUUUCUGUUCAUCAGCACGUUUUAAGGUUUACUGUAAAACCCCUCAAAAGUGUCGGGACUAAUGGAAAUAGGUUGCUGUGAAGCUACUGUCAGCAGCUUUUUCAAAGUAUAAAAUGACAUGUUACAUGGUACACUUGAUUAUCUGCUAACAGCAGUGCGUGUAAUGAGAGCAGCGUUGCUGCAUUGCUGACAUUCAAAGUCAACUCAGCCUUUUGUGGUGAUGAAAAACAGGCAGAGAAGUGGGACAACAACGUUCAAAGUUUCUCAGUUUGCCAAAAUACCACCAAACUAGGUCACUGGCCUCUUUUAAGAUGUCUCAUUCGUGCAAAAAGAGAUCACUUCAGUCCGAUUCAUCUCACAAAGCUUUGAAAGCAAGUCGACUGUGGAAGAUGCAACGAUGGCUUAAAACGGUUGGAUUUUAUCUCGUGAAACUCUGGUGAGCUUUAUCUGAACACGUCUGCUAAUGUUACUUCAUGGUAUCUUUGACAAGAGAAGAAAAUGCAGAAAACCCAAAUUACUUCUGCAUUCAACAUUUCUAUCAACUUCAAUGUUUCAUGAAAUGAAAUGUUGAGAUUUGACCCAGUGCAUGUUGAUUCUCUGCAGGAUAACACAGUGACAUAAAUGUCUCUUUACUGCCGUGGUGCACGUGUCACAGAGCUAAAGUUCAACAAAACAGUGCGUCUUCCUCAUUUUAGCUGGAAUGUGUACACUGACGGCCGAGGUAAGUUUUGAACAUCACAUACGGAAAGAAAUUCCCGUUGAAGUGAUUCUUUAGAAAGAAAUACCUUUUUGUUUUUCAGCUGCCGAGUUAAGCCGAGUGGAUUCUAAGAGGUUAAGAAAGAUGAGCUGAGAUGAAUCUCUCCUCAACCUUGUGGAGAUUAAUUAUUAUACUUCUCAGUUUUCCCAUCAAGCGUGAGUAUCCAUCCAUCCACAUCACUACUAUCAGCCUGUUUCUGGCUCUGAUUCAGUGAGGAAAAUGUUUCAUAGCAAAGCCAAUGCACAUAUAUAAUGGGAAGAGAGGGAAUCAUCUUGGGAUUGAAACUUGUUCACUGUACGGCCGGCAUUCAAAUGCACCAUUGCUUUGGAUUGUACUGCUGUGAAACCCUCUGGGUGUGUUUUAUUGUGGACAGGUGGCCCUUUGCUCCCAGCUGGCUGCCAGCGCUUCAAUGGCUCUGGCUACCUGACAGUAAAACCAGCUCCACUCUUCCUCAUCGGCUCGAACCUCACAGUGUACUGCCGCAUCCUGACAUUUUCACAAUAUCCCUAGAGCUGAAUGGUAAGACUGUGGCUUCUCAGAAGAAAGUCAACUGCACCACGAUGAUGUUCAGUCUGUUCAAUGUGCAGAAACCAAAUUCCAUAUUGCGCUGCAAGCUGGAGAAUGAUCAACUGUCUAAGGUUGUCACUGGACUGGACCUACACGGCGGGCUCCCUCCAGAUAAACCUAAAAACGUUCUCUGUGAAAUAUCAAGGAGCUCUGAUUUUAUGACCUGCUCAUGGGAGAGAGGACGGGAAACGCACCUCCUCACUACCUACAACAUUUCACUCAGCAGAGAAAAUGGGACCCAGAUGCUGUUGGAUCAGAUCCAGGAUGCUGAAGAAAUCACCAUACCCCGAGCAAAGCUAGAUGAAAACAAUACACACCAGUUGAAUAUCGCUGCUUACAACCACUUUGGAUCAUCGCGAUCUGAUCCGUUCUUCCUCUGUGUGAAGGAUAUAGUAAUACCAGAAACCCCUCGUAUCCUGCAGAUAGAGUUUGGGCAUAACUCCAAAGCAGCCCUGUUGCAGUGGAAAACUUCUGGAUCCUCAGAGAGUCUCAGAUUCGAUGUCCGACUCCGCAUAGAUAAUGGCUCUUGGGAAGUGGGAGAGGGAACAGAGCCCACUGAGGGUCUGAUUCAAGUGGAUGGACUGAGGCCUCUGACUGAUUAUGAGUUCAAGAUGAGAACAUGUAGCUCGCCCGGGUCAAACUCCAGCAAAAGGUCGUUCUGCAGCAAAUGGAGCCCAUCUGUUGGGGGGAAAAGUCCGGGAAAAGGUCCAUCUCAGCAGAUGCACGUGUGGAGGAUGCUAGGCGGCCUGGGGACCGAUGGGCUGCGGUUGGUGACGGUUUUGUGGAAGCCUCCAUCUCCAGACGAUUACAGCGGCGCGGUGCAAAACUACGAGAUCUUUCUGGGUAAUGACCAGAAACAGGAAGUGACCUGUCCUGCUGCUUUGAGCCGGUGUUCACUUCAGGUACCAGCAGAGCUCCGGGCACUAAGCGUCAGUGCUGUCACCUCGUACGGGACGUCUCCACCGGCUGACGUGCCACUUGGACGCUCAGGUGUUUUUGGACCCAUUUUGAGAGAGUUGGCUCCUGCAGCUAAUGGCAGCUCCGUGUUGGUCUCCUGGUCGUGGCCGGGGAACAGACGCCCGUCAACAUCUGGAGAGGAACCACUGCACUACGUGUUAGAGUGGACAAGUGUGCCUGUGGCAGAGCUGCAGUGGCAAAAAGUGCCUAAAAAUCAAAACGGCACUUUCAUCAGAGGUCUGAGUGCAGGUGUGAGGUACAAUGUCUCUCUGUAUGCUGUGACCAGCAGAGGCGUCAGUGCUCCAUCAUCCAGUCUGGUCUACUCCAAAGAACAGAAGCCAGCGUCUGGUCCCAGCAUGUCAGUUCUGGUCCAUGACUCCAGACGGAUCCUGAUCCAGUGGGACGAGCUGCCUGUAGUCAAGCAGAAAGGCGUCAUCACAAACUACACCAUCUAUCUCCAGACGCUGGACUCCAGCAACACAGAACUCAGCGUGACGGUGCCCGGCUCCGGCCCCAGACGGAUGUGGCUGGACUGUCCUGAAGGAGCUCUGGCUCUGCAGCUGACUGCAUCCACCUCGGCAGGAGAAGGGCAGCGGGGGAACCGGAUCUGCUCUCAGCCUGAAAGCCCUGCAGUUGGCCUGCUGAUUGUGGCGGUUUUCAUCGUCACCCUCUUUAUAGCGAUCAUAGCCAACCUGAUGUGCUGGAGCUGUGUGAGGCAAAGGAUCAAACAGAAGUGUAUGUCGUGGGGACCUGCCUGGCUUCAUGAAAACUUACCAAAACUAGGAAACAGUAAUGCCAUCCGACUUCUGGAGCAGUACGGAAGUGAACCGUCCUUCUCGUCCACACACAGCGACCCUCCGCUGUCGCCCAUCAGUUUCAUCUCUCAGGGGGGCGACGUGUACCCCACCGUCCACAUCGACAUAUCCCACAUCGGGUCGGGACCCACGGCGGAGACACCUUUGCUAACGUCAGACUCCGGGACGAUGCUUGUUGACAGCCUGCUGGAACAUGUCAGCUACAAACCCCAGAUUGCCACAUCAGCUCAAUUAGGAGAGGAGUGGAAGGAGACAGAGGACGAGCAGAGGGACGUACCGUCAAAUGGGGAGGAAGACAAAUGUGUAUUUGGAGGAUUGCUGGGAGCCUUUCUGUCCAGCGCCAAGGUGGAUUUCUCUGAUCCACCCCUGGGGCUGACCCUCAGCUCUGUCGGUGGUCUUCUGUGGCCUAAAAGUCCCGAAACAACAAGUUUCUUGAAUGGAGGCUUCCUACUAGGGAGGAGGGGGACUGAGAACGAGGUGGAAGCGGAUUCGCCCUCUCUGGAUUUACAACAGGGUGAAAUAAUGACUCCUGACACUGAGGACACUUGUUUAUCUCAGCAUACAGUUGAGACAACACUGACUGGUGGUUAUUUCCCCCAAGCAGCCGCUGUGAGCAGCACGACACUGUGGGACACACAGAGGUAGCAGGGACGAUGAGAAGGACACAAACAAACAGGACCAUCUGCACUACUAAACUGAUUUCAAAGAAAGCAUUAUAUUCAAGCGCCACUUUGCUUGAAUAACACCACGCUGCUGGAAACCCAGGCUGUACUGCUGGGCCCGCUGGAGGGAAGGGAGGCACGGGAGAACCAGGACUGAGCGGGGCGGACUGUCAGACCCUGCUGCUGUAUAAAAAGAAAGGUUUUCUACAUGACAACUUUCGUCCACUGACCGCCAUUAAAUCAACACAAAAUGAAAAGUUCCUUGUCAUAACUUGAAUAAAUGACGUCAUGUUUA